GGAGUCGUUUUCAUUGUAUUUGUAUAUCUUCCCCAAUGCUUUCUCCUUGGGAUUGGGAAACCGGUUCUGUUAGGCUUGGCGUCGGAGAGCGGGAAGCAGCUGCAAUGAGCAAGCAAAUUGAAUUACGAUCCCUAGCCUUACCGCGGCUGAAUGUGCGCCGCACGGGUGAAGAUGAUGAACGGAACCACUACGGGUCCGGCCAUGUCGCGAUUUACUACUUGGAGUGCUUAGUUUUGAAGAGGCUGAAGGGUGCUCUUAUGUAUGGGAUCGCAUCCAUGAUGAGCGGAAUAAGUAGCUUCCCGGUUGUCUUAGUGCACGAAGGGAAGGUGUUAGCUGGAAUUGGAGGGGCAAGGUACCGUGGCUUUACCAUUCAUCUCCGAGCAACAACAAACCCUUCUGCAGCUUCUCUGAUAUUGUUGGAUUGCCUUGUGCGAUUUUAUGACAAGCCAAACAAGACAGAGAGUGGAGGAAGUGUUGGUCAAGAAGAGAGAAUUGCCCUCACUAAUCAAAGCUAGUUGUUUAGUUGGUUUGUGGAUCAAGAUACGUAACUUCUGAUGUACUCAAUAUCCAUGAAAGUUUCAAUGAAACGUUAGGCUUUGGGUUAAGGUGGAAGCCCUAGUAUGGUAAGUCUUAUGUUCAAGUCAAUUUUGUCUAGUGAUUGGUUUGUACUAGAUUGGUUGAUAUGUGUUGAAAUAUGUUAUGAAUAGGUACUUUCAUAGUUUCAUCCAUAAAAGAAAUUACUUUUA